UGGUGGUCAGCUGUGUUUGACAUAUUUACUAUCCAAAACAAGUAAUCAGUAAUCUUUACACAUCAUAAUGUUGAAGAAUUUAAGCGAUAUGUGGACAGCCACAUUUUUACGAAGGACAUGAGUCAUUUUGUAACUAUUAAAAGUUAUUAUUUUUGAGGGUAAACAUCCUCGGUAUUUUUUAAGGUUAGUGUUAUUCAGUGGAAAAUUUAGACAAACAUGGAUUUCCUUCAAUCCGAGUUACAUAUUCCUCGUAAAUAUUUACUAACAAUUGAUGGAAGAAUUCAUGCAACAGUCCACAAAAACUGGUUAUCGAGUUUACAAAAUAUAGGUCGAAUCGACUUUAUUCUUCAUGAACGAUUGUCAGCUGAUGAAAUUAUAGCACAACCGUCUUUAGAUGAAUUGGGACCCAAUUGGACAAGAAUUUAUGUGAAGGUUUAUGAGAAACAAUUCAGGAAUACAAUUCCACUACCAAGAGAUAAACAUUCCAUUAGUUCGAAGGUACAUUCGGAUUUGACCUUUGCUCAACUACUUCGUUAUGUUUCCGAGACGAAUUACAGAAAUUUGUGGAAGGAAGCCUACAAGAAAUAUUAUAGUAUAUGGAACCUACCCGAACCAAAAGAGCAGCCCCUCUUGACCCCAAGCAGCAGCGACGUAUCAGUAAUGCACGAAGUCUUAACGAGACUGUACGGAUGUCCCCUAGUCCACCUCCAAAACAGUCACGUAAUUUCCAUAGCCCCGAGUACGAAUACCCGUCCACACUGCAAUCUCCUGCCAGCGAUUCUAGCAAUCGAGACAACAUCAGCCUUCAUAACACUCCAUGAGCAGACUGCCAAAUACUCUCUACAAGAAUGUAAUAUGUACAGUCCAGCAGCAUUGUCAACAGGCUACAGCAAGCCUCUGUUUCUCGUGUAUCAACUAUUACAUCUGUCCAGGGACUUGCACGACUCUGGUUUAGCCCUCGGAGAGAUCACUCUUAGUGAUAUUUUACUAUUGGAGAACUACACAAUUCUAGUGAUACCAAAGUUGGACGAUAACAUAUACGUGAAAACAGAUGAUCAAUUCGAGAGUUCAGAAAUUCAAGAAAAAUCUAUUUAUUUGAAGAAUAAAAUUUCUCAUUCGUUGAGAUCAGCAUUUGCCUCGAGAGGUCCAGACUUUGGAUUGAACGAGAAUUUAGAAGAACUGUGCGAAUUGUGGCUUCAUGGACAAUUGAGCAAUUUCGAUUACUUAACCGCUCUGAAUAAUUUGGCUGGACGGAGAUUUGGAGAUCCCUGUUGUCAUCACGUGAUGCCCUGGGUCACCGAUUUUACUUUCAGGUCUGGGAAAAAUUGGAGAGAUCUGACAAAAUCGAAAUUUCGGUUGAACAAGGGAGACAGACAGUUGGAUCUCACGUUUGAAUCCCAGACGUCUGAGUUUGGGCAUCACGUGUCCGAUGUUCUGUCGGAAAUUACGUAUUAUGUGUAUUUAUCGAGGAGAUAUAGUAGAACUGUACUCUGUAAGCAUGUGAGGUCACAUUGGGUACCUUGGGAAUAUCCUGCGUCAAUUCAGAGGCUACAGGAGUGGAGUCCUGAUGAGUGUAUACCACAGUUUUUCAUGAGUCCAGAUGUUUUUAAGUCAAUUCACGAAGACCUUCCUGACUUGGAGCUACCCAGUUGGGCCCGAUCACCAGAGGAUUUCAUUGAGAAACAUCGCGAGGCUCUGGAGAGUCACUACGUAUCAGAGCGCCUCCAUCACUGGAUUGAUUUAACAUUUGGCUACAAAUUGUCCGGCGUUGCUGCAAUAAAGGCGAAGAAUGUUUGCCUACAGCUAGUGGACAAUCACACGAGUUUGACGAAUUCUGGUGUGGUACAAUUAUUCACACAGCCACAUCCACAGAAAAUCAUUCCAUCACCGUAUUGGAGUAAAUCUGCUCCUCGAUUACGGGUUAGCAAUGCGAGAGCAUCGAGCAAGACUGAUCGAUCCGACCAAAAGAGUGAGGACGAAGGCCACAGUUCGGGCUUGGAGGAAGAGGAUCCCCCUCCCACCACCCUAAACGUGGCCCGUUCCUCUCCCCUAGCCCUCAGUCGCCUCCUCAGCCGAUCCCGUGGUUCCCUCCUGGCUCCGGAGGAGCCAUCGCGUCCCGACAAGCCCUCCCAAAUCAUCCAACUCCCGAAGGACUACAAUCCAGUCUCCGCACUCCUCCAAGUAGAGUCUACCCAUUCAUUUAUAAACAAAAUCUCCCACCGCCCCUACAACCCAAAAGCCUCUCCCCAGCCCAACCCCUCCUCCAACUACCGCCAGAUCGUAGCUUGCGCUCGCAUAAAAGAACAGCAGAUCCUCGGCUGUCUCAUCCUCGAGAUCUUCCUCCCCAAGAAAUUCCGCGCAACCUGGAACACUGGAAAGUCUUCCUUCGCUGGUCGCCUGGAGACGUGCAUCAACAUUUUGCUUGAAACCCCAGAAAUCCUCCCGAAGUGUGUGAGAAACGCAGUGGGACUUCUCCUUCAGGUUGAAAUUACUCCAAAGACCUACGGCGUCAACUCCAUCGACUCCACCGACCUCCUCGAUACAUCUCCCUUUCGCUACCCCACGGUGACCCCCAUGGGACUCCCCCCACCGUCAGCCCACCAGUUCCUCCAACCAAUUCUCUCCAGCAGUUUAUUUCCCUCGUCAAAGUACUUCCAACACCUCUUCAAUGUCAUCGAAAUGCUUCAAGAGUACGAGAAGCUCGUGCAAGAUCUCAACACUCUCUUCAAGGACGACGAAAUUGCUGAUCUCAAUUCACUGAAUACAAGAACAAAAAUUCAAUUCCUAUGUAAAAUAAGUGAGUGUAAGGUCAAAGCUGUGGCUAGAGAGUUGGAAAAGCUUCUCAUGUUUGCUGGAAAUUCGAUGGAAUCGAGCCUGCAACUGAUAGUUCCUCAUGUUAAACAGAUAAUGGAAGAGCCUUACAGCGCAGUUCUUGCAGCCUGGUACCUCUUCGAUCCCAUGGCAAAGUCCUUAGGACCUAAGGAGACAUCGGAAAUUUUUCUAACUCCGAUAGUUAAGCUCUAUGAGAAUGGCUCUGUGAUGGACAGUAUGACGUCCAUGGACUGCCUUCCACCGAAUACAUUCGCGAAAUUUAAAACCAUGAGGCUGUACCACAGAAGUUUCCUGCUGAAACUCAUGGUGCGUCUGGGGCUCAGGAGAUUCUUAGAUCACUUCAUAACUCCACUCGUUGAAGCUGUCGGAUGCUACAGAGAUUCUCCUCAAGGUCCCUCUAGCCCCAAUUGUAGAAGAACAGGAAAUUUGAAGACUUGUGACUUGAGUGAUGGAAGUGGAGAUAUAGAGACAGUUUUGUCUCCUUUGGAUGAAGACUCCUCAAUUGAUUCCGAAAACAAUCAAACUUUGAUAAUCAUCUCUGUACCUGAAGUAGAUAAACCUAGUGAGACAGAAGUCGAGGUGUUCUCCAUGGAGACUGAAGAUGUAGUGUCACCAGUUGAGAGUUGUAAAUCACAAGACAUUCAAUUGGAACUCAAUCUCAAUCUUAUUGAUGACUUAGUCGACGAUGGAUCGAGACCGUCGCCCUCGGGUGCUGUCAAAUCUCCGACGAUUCCGAUCCCAGAUGCACGAAGUACCAAAUCGGUAAUUGAAUUCAAUACCAUUGGAUGUCACGUGGGAAGCAAAACGUCGAGUGAGGACAUGCCCAUAGUGGGUUCCUACACAGGCAACGUCCCCAGUACCUCCAAUCCUUCGGAAAAUCCAGCGAUUAUCCUAGAUUCUGAAAACAGGAAGACGAUCUACUUGAAUAUCUCUGGCGAUUCACCAGAGGAUGAAAUCGACUCUUCGAGUAGAAAAACCGAGAAAGCGUUGAUUCACGAGUCAAAGGUGUCAGACAUGAGUGCAGAGUCCGUGAUCUGGCUGUCGCAUCGGCUCGGUCCUGUCUUGACAGCUCGUUUUCUCUCUCGUAAUCUCCUGAGAAUGCUUUCCUUAUGCUACGUAGGACGAGCGAAUUUGUUCCCCAUCGACGAUGAUUCAUCUCAAUUGAUAGGGGACGUCAAUGCCUCAAAGGUUUUAGAAUCGUUGUCAGCGAUUGCGAGUCUCUACGGAGAGCAGAUGAUUUUGGUACAAUAUUUUGGACACAUGGCCGAGCUCUUGACCCUUUGCAAGCGAAAGCUAACGCCGAAUCUCGAAGGCGGCCUGGUCUCAUGUUUGGCAUUAUUAACUCACAUCACCCCGUAUCUAUCGGAUGCUGCGUUGAUGGACACUUUGAAUGAGACUAUCGUCAGAUCGAUUCUACAUCCAACUGUGAGGAUUCUUUCUACGACUAGGUACACUUAUCCUUCUGGAGCGAUUGCGCGACAAGCACUCGCGGACAAAUUUUUGGACGCAAUGUCCAGUUUAAGUAUUCGGUUUGGAUGCACUGCCACCAAAUGCCACUUGUCUGUGCCUAUUCAAAGGUUCUUUCUAGCAUUCGAUAAAGUGUUUUGCGAUAAACUAGACCUUCAGGAAGAUAAGAAACGAGGAGAUACCUGUGAGAGACUCAGUCAUUCGCCGAGGAGCGAAGGAUACGCGGAGGACAAUAAAAGAAAUGACGGCCAAGAUUGGACGUUAGUGGAUUCUUCCGCUUGUCAAAAUUUUGGAUUAUCCUCUGAAGUCGCAAUUUCGUAUUCUCCGCCGGUUGCCGAUCACGAUGGCUUCAACUUGCAAAGGAAUCGAGCUUAUGAAGAAUUGAAACAAGUCUUCACAUCGGAAUUCGCCUACAGGGCAUAUCUUCUCUUUUAUAGAUUCGUGGACGAAGGGGUGAUGAAUGAAAUACUGAAAAAUCAUCAAUUAAUUCGAGACUUGUGCGAUGUGUAUGGGGAUUCAAUCUCGAACGUCGAUCAGGGUAUGAGUAGGUCGGAGACAUCUCGCACAUUGACUGAUGAGCUACUGGACGAUAGAGAUAUCAUCACAAAGGGUGCAGGGAGUUUUGGCAACAUGUCUGUGAUAGGAAAUAGGAUCGAAAUGGGGGAAAACAUGGAGGCCUCGCCUCCUCGGGAAGUCAAUUCCUCUUCCAGUGGUCGUCAGCUUCGAGGCAACUGGCUCGCCUACUGGGAGCACGAGAUAGGGAGACCCGACAAGGAUUUGAACUUCAACAUGAAGCAGAUCAAACUCCAGAGCUUCUCUGGUCACACGAACAGUGUGAGGUGUCUCUCGGUAUUGGAUAAUGAGAAUAGUUUUAUGAGCGGUGCACGAGAUAAAACAGUCAAACUCUGGAGUCUCAGGAGUCAGGGAGACGGUGGGACAGUGUCUUCGUGUCAGUACACCUACACUGGUCACAAAAAGUCCAUCUUGGCGUUGACGUUUUUAGAAUCAUUGAGGUACGCUGUUACUUGUGAUGGGACAGUUCAUUGUUGGGAUCCGUUCAUGGGGUCCCUAUUGGGGUGUCCCGAGAGCUCCAGACCGGCGCCGGUUAACACAUUGGUUGCUAGUAAUGCUCCUUCUACGUCACUUCUAGCGGCAACUACUGAUAUUACGUUGAGAAUCAUUGAUUGCAGGAGUUUUCAGUAUGUAAAUGAGAUGAAAGUCGCGAUGAAUCCGACUGGAUUGAUCAGAUGCAUUGUAGUGGCACCUAGUGGGAACUGGGUGGCAUUGGGACAGGCUUCUGGAGUCCUUACGAUAUUGGACAUCAGAACCGGGCUUAUUAUAGCCUCGUGGAAGGGUCAUGAGUGCGAGAUUUUGCAGUUGAAAGCCAUUAAUGAGACGACGAUUGUGAGCUCCUCUUUGGAUCAGACUAUAGCGAUCUGGAGUGCGAUUGAUGGUAAGCUGAAGUUCCAUUUGAAAGGAGCUACUGAACCUGUUCAUUGUAUGGAAAUAUAUGAACAGCAGCUAAUUUCGGGAACAACUGCCAACCGGAUUGGGGUUCAUACUGAGAUCAGUGGGAAUGCAUCUUUCUCGUCUUCGAAAUUGAGGUCGGACGCGUUCAAGGGUGUACUCACAGCAAUGACUGUUCUGCCACUCAACAGAUUACUGUUGCUUGGGGCUGAUAAUGGGGGCAUUACUUUGCUCUGUUGAUGAGAGAUCAAAAUUUGAUGAGAAAGAGAUGUUGCAUCUGUCGGAACUGCCCUCCAUUAAUUGUGUGAGACAAUAUGUAUUGAAAUUGCAGUCAUUAUUAUAAUCUCAUGGUAAUAAUAAAUUAUUA